CGGGUCGCUCCCGCCCUGCCCCGUCCCCACCGCGGCCUGCCGUGGACACACACGGGACACGCAGCUCCCGCGCCACCUGACCAAUGGCAGCCUGCAACACGUAGGCCUGGCCCGCGCGGGCUGGCCGCGGCCAAUAGGCGCGCCCCAUGCAAAACACCGCGCCAGGAGACGCCGCUAAUUGGCUCCGUCGCAAGGGCGGCGGGUCGCGCGCUGGGCCGGAGCCGGAGCUGGCGGCGCCGGCACCGUGAUGGGGCUCGCCAGCCCCGACACCGCCUUCUCCGGUACCCGGCGUGUACCGACUUGUGUCACGGGAGCCGCUAAGGCUGGGGCAGGGGGAAAGUGCCUGCGCACCGAGGUGCCGCUAUCUCAUUCAUAAACACAGCUCCUAAGUUCACAUACCCGCGCCCCCAGACCCGUCCCGCCCCGCCGCCGUUUCAGAGGCGAAGGGCAGGACUGGGGUCUCGCCGUCACCGCGGGAUGCAGAGUCCCGGCAACAAAAGGCGCGGGCCGGGAGCAGCCGCUGAGCAUCUCCGCCCCGCCGCGCGAGGAUCUCCCCACGCGCGCCCCUGGGCGCGGUGGGCGCGCAUGCGCGGGGGGCACGGCCCGGGCCGGCGGAGCGGCGGCGGCGGCCGCGGCCGGGGCAUGUCGGGCGCGCGGGGCGGUGGGCGCGUGGCCCCUCCCCUCGGCGAGCGCGCGGCAGCCGCAGCGGCGGCGGCCGCGGGAGGAGGCGGCGAGGAGGCGGCGCCUGUGUCGGCGCUGGAGGUUGUGUCCUUCCUGGGGAAGCUGCUGUGCGCAGUCGCGGCGCUGAAGGCGGCUCUGUACCUGCUCCGCAGAGUGUGCCUAGCGAUGGCCUGGAAAUCGGGCGGCGCCAGCCACUCCGAGCUCAUCCACAACCUCCGCAAAAAUGGAAUAAUCAAAACAGACAAGGUAUUUGAAGUAAUGCUGGCUACAGACCGUUGCCACUAUGCAAAAUACAACCCUUACAUGGACUCUCCCCAGUCUAUAGGUUUCCAGGCAACAAUCAGUGCUCCACAUAUGCAUGCAUAUGCACUUGAACUUCUGUCUGAUCAGUUACAUGAAGGAGCCAAAGCACUUGAUGUAGGAUCUGGAAGUGGAAUUCUUACAGCAUGCUUUUCACGAAUGGUUGGUCCCAAAGGACAAGUUGUAGGAAUUGAUCAUAUCAAAGAACUAGUAGAUGACUCAAUAAAUAAUGUCAAAAAAGACGAUCCCACAUUGCUGUCUUCAGGAAGAGUGAAACUGAUUGUGGGAGAUGGACGAAUGGGAUAUGCAGAAGAGGCUCCCUAUGAUGCCAUUCAUGUUGGAGCUGCAGCCCCAGUUGUGCCCCAAGCACUUAUAGACCAGUUAAAACCUGGCGGAAGAUUGAUAUUACCAGUUGGCCCUGCUGGGGGAAACCAGAUGCUCGAACAGUAUGACAAACUAGAAGAUGGCAGUGUCAAAAUGAAGCCUCUGAUGGGAGUGAUAUAUGUGCCUUUAACAGAUAAAGAGAAGCAGUGGUCCAGGUGGAAGUGAUUUUCUGUUCCACUUACUUCUUCCACACACAUGCAAGGGAUGAAUUGUAAAAGCUACAUCAUCUUGACCCAAACAUAGUGUUACAGUGGACUGCUCAUCUCCAGUUCUAAAAGCUUUUUGAAAACCAACAGCAUUGCAGCUUGUUUUGGACUUUAUUAUACUGUUGUUAUCAGCAUGGAAAAGCGUGGUGUUUGUUUUAUUUUUUUAGAUGCUCAAGGCAAAUCUGAUAAAGAAAUGGUGGAAAGUUUUAUGUGGGCACUGUUUUAUUUAACAUGCCUUUAUUUCACUUUCAUCUGUUCAAAGUGAAUUUCUGCAAAACUGCAGAUGAAGACCUAUAGCUUGUGAACUCUAAUUUUAAUGGGGGAACUUGAACACUCACUUCUCUUGGCUCCUGUGUCCCUUGGUAAAACUGCUUCUGUGCACCUCACGACACUACGUAGGUAAUACCAGGUUUUCUGUGUUCCAACGUCUGCUAGAUGCUACUAAAAGGAGAUGAACUUCCUUUCUAAGCUUUUGACAUGGUGUCAUAGACUAGCAUGCAGUAGAUACAAUCAGCUGCUUUUUUACCUUAAAACCAGGCAUUUGUAUAUAUUAAAUUUCAAGACAUCAGAGGUAGGUGGCUGCUUUUAUCAAACAUUGCUGUUCAAGCUGGACAUAACAGACAUGGUUUUCCCUUUCCUCCUAAAAUCAAUUAAUGUAAUCUUGAAAUUAUGUUGUGGUUUAUAGCUCAGUGCUGGUGUGAUACACAUGGAUCUAACUCCAUAAAUGUGAGGUGAGGUGUGUUCCAGUCACUGAACAAUUUACACAAUGCUGCUUUGCCAAAUAAAAGCAAAAGCGGGAUUUUGUGCUUGUGUGGAAGAUUAGGAUGGGUAGGUAGUCUGAGAUAUGGAUUGCUAGGUUCUUUAUUAAAAACCAAAACCCCCUUUGGUUCUAAAAGAACAUUGCUUUUGGCAAAGCCAUUUGCUGUAUUAACAUUCUUAUUUUUAUAACUGUGGGCACCCAGGAGAAAUUGUGGCUUUUUAGAAAGUGAAUUCUAAAUUUCUAUAAAAGGAACACAUCAUGCAUGCAGAAAGAAUCCUGAACUCAUAAGUACAGAUAGAAACUUGUUCAGUUUCCAUAUAGAAGAAUAGGUGGAAGGCUGUAAACCUUUUUUCUGCCCUAAGUUUUCUGUUUUGGUACUGUAAAAUGUCAAAAUUUGCAAAGCAGUACAGUGAGGUGGGCUGCUUUGGGAAAGGGGGGAAGUGUGUUUUCAGUCAUCCUGCUCAUAUUUGAGCAACCAGGAAUUAAAAUAAACAGCAUAUUAUCUUUUUUUUUCUUAUGAUAGGGGGGAUUAUAGAAUAAAACAACCCAUAGUGAUCACUGGAAAAAAACCUAAAACAACUUCUUAUGGUGGAAGAGCAAUAAUUUUUUGAUAGGAUUAAUCCCUGGAAGCAUAAAGGUUAAAAUUCUAAGGCCUCUGAAUAUGGGAAAGGAACUUUUUAAAUAACUUGCCUUUUGAAGGCUAGCCCCAUUUUGUUCCUCUGUAAAAGAUACUGUAUGACUUAAUUUAUUUAGAUAUUUGGAAGCUAAUGUAUCACCUCCUGAUCUGACUGCAGCCUGGGAGCACAUGCACAAGAUUAAUCUUCUAAAGAAAUUAAUAAGCGCAUAUUCUAGAAAAUACAAUCCAGGAGAAUCCACUUGCGUCUGACAAAUUUGUACUAACCCACAAUCAACUGUGACUCUAGUUCUUGGUGUUGAAGUGAAAUAUCUUAACUGAUGCAUGUUAACGUUCAACCUUUCGGUCGCUGUAUCUUUCAGUUUGAGUUCAGGUUUAUUUACAUCUUCUCACUAAUUUAAUACGUUAAAUGAAAGAUAUGAGCUCAACUGUAUCCAAAUUCCUGUCUCUGGACACAGUGUAAUAAGCUAGCCUGACUUGGAAGUGGUGUUAAAGCUGAGACCCGAUGACAGCUUCCUGGGGAAGAACCACUUGAGGAGGUGUAAGGCUUCAGGGACCAAGGCUGGUGAGAAUAGUGCACCCAUUCCACUAAAAGGGUCAAUGAUAGUCAAGGUACUCGGACAGAAAGGAGUAUCCAGGAGUAGCAUUUAGGAGUCGAAAAUGGAAACACCGCCAUGAUGGAGCAAUGGUUCUGAAGUAAAAACUUGGAGACAAGGACAAGUUGAAAUGCAGAAGACUUGAAGAGCUUGAAUAAAUGCUGUGUGAACUGUCUGAAUUGCUACUUUGCCAAAUAAAACAAAUUGAGAGGAAGCUGUA